AAUAUUUUUUACGAAGAGAAAAAAAAAUAUUUGAAGAUUUAAUUGAAUAAUUUUUAAGGAUAUAAAAGGAUCACAUACCACAUCAACUUAUUUUAAAAUUUCGGACGACGAAAUAAAUUUUUCAACUAAUUUUUAUUUUCCUGUUGUUUGGAUCGCCGAUUCCUCUGUGAAUCGGCGCUGUCCACGAACAAAAGAAGAGGAAAACUCCAAUCUCAAAUUAUCUGUAUUGGUCCCAAGUUUCCUUAGACAUCAAUACCCUAAUUAUUAUAUAAUCGGUCCUAAAGACCAAUUGAUGCCUUUUAAAGGCGGAUAUUGAGAUUUUUGAUUCUACUAAUAUCAAGACCGGAGUCUUCUAAUCGAUGGUUUGAUUAGAGCUCAAAGAACCCAAAAUUGACCUAAAACCCUGACUUGUCAAAUCAAUACACCAAAUGCUAGAGUCUUCCCGUCCAUAGUUUUAUUGGAGCCCAAUGGACAGAGCAUUUCCCUAUUACCGAAUUGUGUCAAUUAAAGAAUUCUGGGGAUUCUCAUUUUUUUUUUCAAUUGGAGAUAAAACAAGAAUUAUUUAUAGUAUAUACAUUUAGAUUAUUUCCCCCAUUAUUACAUACAAGACAAUUAUUAAAUUUAUAUGUUACCUUGGUGCACGAGCAAAGCAAAUUUGAAGCCUUAACUUUUAUAACCACCCAGAACUAUAGCAAUUUCAAAUCCCACGUCUGAAGGCCUAAGGACAUCAUGGAUAUUAGCUGCUUCAAGCAAACCGCAAAAAUGAGCAAACCAGAUGUGACAUAUGUUACCCACAACAAUGGAACCAAGAUGCAGUCAAUUGGCUUGGGCACUUAUACGUCAUUGGGAGGAGAUUGCGAACGUGCGGUUAAGGAUGCAAUUGAUGCUGGUUACCGACACAUAGACACUGCAUAUUUCUAUGAAAACGAACAUGAAGUGGGCAAUGCUGUGAAGGAGAAAAUCGCUGAGGGCGUCAUCAAACGCGAGGAUAUUUUCAUCGUUUCGAAGCUAUGGUGCCAUUUCCACGAACCUGACCGUGUGGAAUAUGCCUGCCGCAAGUCGCUGGCCAAUUUUGGGUUGGAUUAUAUAGAUUUGUAUUUAAUGCAUUGGCCUUACUCCUAUGUGCAUCGCGGUGAUGAUGUUCUUAUGCCCACCAAUGCCAAGGGGGAAGUGGAAUUAAGCGACAUCGACUAUUUGGACACAUGGAAGGCCAUGGAAAAAUUACAAGAAAAGGGUUUAGUCAAGAGCAUUGGAGUUUCCAACUUUAAUUCGGAACAAUUGGCUCGUCUGCUGGCCAAUUGUAAAAUAAAACCCAUACACAAUCAAAUCGAAUGUCAUCCUGCUUUAAAUCAAAAGCCUUUGAUAGCCCUUUGCCAAAAGUACAAUAUUGUUGUUACAGCCUAUUGUCCUUUAGGUCGUCCUGAUCCUGCCAAAAAGACGCCCGUCUAUUUGUUUGAUGGCAAAGCUAAAGAGAUUGGUGAUAAAUACAAUAAAACGCCAGCUCAAGUGGUGCUGAGAUAUUUGAUUGAAAUUGGCACCGUACCCCUUCCGAAGUCUGUUACUAAGAACCGCAUUAUUGAGAAUUUGAAUGUGUUCGAUUUUAAACUUUCUGCCGAAGACCACAAAAUAUUGGACUCCUAUAAUACUGGAGAACGUUUGAUACCCAUGGAUCAUGCCAAAAAGAGUCCAUAUUAUCCUUUUGCCAUUGACUAUUGAAUGCGAGUUCGUUAAGGCGAUGGCAUGAAUUGUUCUAUAAAGAAAGCUUAACACCGGUAUUCACAAAACACAAUGUAGAUUUCAAAAUAGGUAUAAUUUAAGGGUUCAUUAAGUUUUGUGAAUGGCCCUAUAUUGCAAACAAUAAAUUGAAAUAUUGCUAUUGUUUGGGUA